GGAGCCGGAGCCGCGGCGCGGCCGGGGCGGCCAGCGAGCGCGGCGGAGGGCGGGGGGCCCGGCGCGGCCCGGGACGAUGCUGCGGCUGGUGUCGCUGAAGUUGGGGCGGCUGUACCGCUACGUGAAGCUGGCGGUGCUGGGCAGCCUGGCGGCGGCGCUGGUGCUGAACACGCACUCGCUGCUGGCCUCGCUGCAGCGCAACGAGCUGUCGGAGCGGCGCUUCUUGCAGCUCAAUAAGUGCCCGGCCUGCUGGGGCACCAGCUGGUGCCGCAAGUUCCUCAACGGGCAGCUGCGGCUGGAGAGCUGGGGCCGCCUGCGCCUGCUGGACUUCUUCAACGUGAAGAACGUGUACUUCGCGCGGUACGGGGAGCCCCGCGAGGGCUCCCGCCGCGUCGUGCUGAAGCGCCUGGGCUCGGCGCAGGAGCUCGCCGACAUCGACACCAAAAUCUGCCGCCGCGCCACCGGCAGGGGCCGCUGCGACCUGCUGCAGGCGCUGCCCGCCACCGAGUUCGCCAGCCUGAACGGCGACGUGCGGCUGCUCACCCCCGGCGCCGUGGAGGGCUGGUCCGACCUGGUGCACUGCCCCUCGCAGCGCCUGCUCGACCGCCUGGUGCGCCGCUACGCCGAGACCAAGGACUCGGGCAGCUUCCUGCUGCGCAACCUGAAGGACUCGGAGCGCAUGCAGCUGCUCAUCACCCUCGCCUUCAACCCCGAGCCGCUGGUGCUGCAGAGCUUUCCAUCUGACGAGGGUUGGCCCUUUGCAAAGUACUUGGGAGCAUGUGGAAGGAUGGUGGCUGUCAACUACGUGGGAGAGGAGCUGUGGAGUUACUUCAAUGCACCAUGGGAGAAACGAGUGGAUCUGGCCUGGCAAUUAAUGGAAAUAGCUGAGCAGCUGACAAAUAAUGACUUUGAAUUUGCACUCUACCUCCUUGAUGUCAGCUUUGACAACUUUGCAGUGGGACCGAGAGAUGGGAAAGUUAUCAUUGUAGAUGCAGAAAACGUUCUGGUGGCAGACAAAAGGUUGAUCAGACAGAAUAAACCUGAGAACUGGGACGUGUGGUACGAGAGCAAGUUUGACGACUGUGAUAAAGAAGCUUGUCUGUCCUUCUCUAAGGAGAUCCUUUGUGCUCGAGUCACUGUGGACCACAACUAUUACGCCAUUUGUCAGAACCUUUUGUCCAGACACGCCACGUGGCGGGGCACCUCGGGGGGGCUCCUGCACCACCCCCCAGCUGAGAUUGCCAAAGAGGGGCGCCUGGAGGCCCUGCUGGAUGAGUGUGCCAACCCAAAGAAGAGAUACGGCCGAUUCCAGGCCGCCAAGGAGCUGCGGGAGUACCUGGCACAGCUCAGUAACAACGUCAGGUAGUCCUCAGUGAAGGUCUUUGGCAACACUGGCUAAAACACUAUUGCAAAGACACGUAGAAAACAGAAGUUUUGGACUCCUCUGUUAAAAAGAGAGAAUUAAAAAACCCUAGUUUAUCAGUUUUCUAAAUACUGUAAAAAUAGAAUUUUAUGGUGUUAUAAUGUUCCUUUGCAAACAAACAAGGUACUUACUGAAUUAAAACUUGAGCUACUAUUGACUGUUCUCCCUAACUGUUCAAAAGGGAGUAGGUCACAAAAGACUGUGAUAGCUUAAUUGACAGCUUGUGUGUCAAAGGGUACUUUACCUAAAACUGCAUUAGUGUCACAGUUUUGUGAAACUGAUGUUCUUACUUGGAAAGUCAAGUUAGACUGGUGGCCUGUUUUAAAGGCCUUUUUCCUGACAUCAUUGUCUCAUUUUUGUGUUUAUUUAAACACCUUGAAGUGGCAUUUACAUCCAAGCAAACCUAGCUGUCUGCAUUGUUUCAAACUGAACAGGCUUUCAUGUUAAUGCUGUGCAGAACAUUCCUACUGUGAGUGCAGAAUUCCUGAGUUUACUGUCUGAUUUUAGGGGGUUUUACACUGUAUUUUACUAUGCUUAGACAUUGUAGUUUGUUUUUUUAAGAUCAUCAUAAACUCAAAUCUCACUUGAACUAA